AUGGAGACCGUCAAGACGUUUAACGGCGAGCUGUACUCACUCAAUGAAUACAAGCCACCGAUCUCCAAAGCAAAGAUGACCAAGAUUACAAAAUCAGCAAUUAAAGCUAUAAAGUGCUACAAGCAUGUCGUCCAAAGUGUGGAGAAAUUUAUUCAGAAGUGCAAGCCUGAGUACAAAGUCCCCGGUCUUUAUGUCGUCGACUCCAUUGUACGACAGUCUCGUCACCAGUUUGGGCAAGAGAAAGAUGUUUUCGCUCCACGUUUUAGUAAGAACAUCAUUACAACGUUCCAAAACCUCUACCGCUGCCCAGCUGAUGACAAAAGUAAAUUCGUCAGAGUACUAAAUCUAUGGCAGAAAAACAAUGUCUUUAAGAGUGACAUUGUCCAGCCUCUACUGGAUAUGGCAGCAGGGCUCCCAACACCUAGCGUUACGCCAGUCUCUGUCAGUAGUGCCAUACCCAUCAACAGCACUACUCCCGGAACACCAGCAACUCCAGCCACCCCAGCCAAGAGUCUACUGCAGAGUCUCCCAGACUGGGCGUCUCAGAUCUCCAACACAGACACAGUGGCUGCGGUUGCCCAGAUCUUACAGAGUCCACAAGGCCAGCAGUUGCAGCAGCUGAUUCAGAGCCUGCAGAUGCAGCAGCAGAAACCUCAGCCCUCUCUGCUGCAGGCGCUGGAUGCAGGUUUGGUGGUGCAGCUACAGGCCCUGACUGCACAGCUCACUGCAGCUGCAGCAGCCAACACACUCAACCCGCUGGAACAGAGAGUUACCUCCUUUAACAAGAAGUUGUUGGGUCAGUUCGAUUUUGGGAAUGAGUCUGAGCACAGUGAGGAUUCUAAGAAAGAUGCUACAUCAUCUCAGUUACCUGUGGUGCCAAAGUCCAUCAAUAGCUCAAUAUUUCAUCAGCUGGCCGAGCACCUUCAGCAGCAAAAGAAACAGCUAAUGGAACACCAGCAUCAUCAACAGAAGUCUAUGACCAUGGAGGGCCAGGAUGCCAUCUUUGGUCCUGAAAAUUCUCCCCCUCCUGGCCAGAGCAGCGCUCCACCACAGCUCCCUGGACAAGAAGCAAAAAUAGAUGACUCCAUUGAUAACCAGCAACAGGUUUGCAGCACUACUCUGUGGGUUGGCCAAGUGGACAAGAAGGCCACCCAACAAGAUCUUACUAAUCUUUUUGAAGAGUUUGGCCAGAUUGAAUCUAUCAAUAUGAUUCCUCCCAGAGGCUGUGCUUACAUCUGUAUGGUUCAUCGUCAGGAUGCAUACCGCGCCCUUCAGAAACUGAGCACAGGCUCCUAUAAAAUCGGUUCAAAGGUCAUUAAAAUUGCUUGGGCCCUCAAUAAAGGGGUGAAACAGGAGUAUAAGCAGUUCUGGGAUGUGGACCUUGGGGUGACUUAUAUCCCAUGGGAGAAGGUCAAACUGGAUGACAUUGAUGACCUUGCAGAGGGAGGCAUAAUUGACCAAGAGACUGUCAACAAUGAAUGGGAAUCAGAGAGAAAUACUGAGACUGCCAAAGAGUCUCAGAAUCAGGCUGUUAAAGCUGAAACCAGUACAGCAAGCAGCACACCAAGUAGCACACCAAGUGAGGCCUUUACCCAGCCUGUCACUAUGAUGCCCAUACAGAUUCCAGUGGCACAGACAGUCCCUGCUGUUGGCCUUGUGCCUCCAUCCUUCCCUGUCACCUUGGCAAUGCCCCCAUCAUGCUUUGGUCCCCCACCACCAUUUCUAAGGGCAGGGUUCAAUGCCUCACAGCCUCCCCCAGGUUUCAUGGCCAUGCCAGGAGUAGGACCAUCAGCAGUUGGAACCAGUCUUGCUUCUGCUCAGACCUCUCUAGUGCAGCCUUUGCUGCCAACCACUCAGGAGAACAGCAAAGAUUCUCCGUUUGGAGUCAUGAUCCCUCCUGGGAGUUUUAUUCCAUCAGCAAUGCCCGGGGCAGGAGUCUUUAACCCUGUGGGAUCACAGCAUCAGCAGAGCAGCACAGACAGAACGCCUCAGUCGGCUGAAACGAUGGAGACAGCUUCUGAGAUAACACUACAGGGAAUGCAAAAUGCAGUGCGCAGUGGAAUGGGUCUGCUGGGUAUGCACCCUUCUGCAUCUCUGCAUCCUUUCUCUGGCCAGAGGAUGGCAGGGCUGCUUCCCCUGGAACUGCGACCUAACCUGCUCCAGGGACACGGGGGCCGCUUCCCCCUGCUCAUGCAGCCAGGCCUUGCACAUCAGACCAACAACAUCCUGGAUGCUUCACUUCAAGCCCAAGCCCGUGUUCAGGUUCCAUUCUCUCAAAUGGAGCAGUUCAACCGUGCUGAAGGCACUUUUCCAAGGGCACCUAAUCCCUCAUCUGCUGGAGCUGACAGUCUGGCCAAGGGCGAUAAUGAGACACUGCCCAGGUCAGAUGCCCAGCAAGAAGGAGAUCAGGACUAUCGCUUCCCACCGACUGAGAAGCAGAGCACAGGGUUGUUGAAGACCCCUCCUUUGGAGAUGCGUACUGAAACUGUGCCUGCCAGACCACCUUUAUUAGAACGACCUCCAAGAACAGUCAUGCAAGCUGAAGGUCGAGAAGGUAGAAGAGAGAAAAUGUCAGGAGGUUUCAGGGCAGAAAGUCACUGGGGACCCCCCAGGGGGGACUUUGAUGAGCGAGACAUGAGGGGGAUGUCUGCUGGACCUCCAAAGAGUUUUCAGGAGAAUCGUUCCAACCCUAACUUUCAGAAUCGUUUUGAGGGCCGCAGCGGAAGUUUAUCAGGACCUGCUUGGAAUCGUAGAACUGGGCCUUCUUUUACCGCUAACAUGCACCAGGACUAUGAUGAUCGUCGCAGACCUUGGGAAAGGCAGAAGGACCGAGAUGACAGGGACAUGGACUUCCGGGAUGAAAUGAAUGGCAAUUGUCAUAGCCAGGAGCGAAACAGAGAACGUGAAAGGGAGAGGGACAGGAAUCAGGAACGUGAACGCGGAAGAGAGCAGAAUUGCGAGAGAGACCGAGAACAGGAGCGUGAAAGGGACCGAGAGAGGGAGAACGAGAAGGACAAAGAGUGGGAACGGAAAUUCUGGACUCACCUUUCAUCUCAAUCUCAACCACUGCUUCCCAGAUCUCAACCGCUGCUCCCUCUGCCAACCCCCUUGGUUGCUCAACCUGAAGCACAAGAACAUGUUCAAAUUAACUCGCCAUCUCUGUCGGUGCCCCAACACCAGCCUCAUCCGGAACCACAACCAACAGAACCAGAUGUUGAACCACGACCAGUAAUAAUGCCAGAGCUACAGUCACAGCUCAAGUCACUCAGCUCUGCUGAAGAGAUGGCAAGUAGUCAAGAGCAGGGGGAAACCUCAUGUAUCAAUGGAAUGGAGACAGGUUCAAUACCUCAAUUAAACAUUUUGGAACUUGCGUCCCAGACUGCUACAGAGCCCUCUCGUAGGCCCUCUCCAUCCCUUCCCUCCACACCCACCUGCUUCCAGAAUGAGCCCUUGAAGGGAAAGAAGACCCCAGAAAUGUCUGUUUCCUCAUCUGUGGAUGCAGACACUGAACAGACUGGGCCAAAGGUGAACGCUGAGACUGAACCUGAGCUAGAGAAAACAGAAACUGAGGAAACAUAA